AAAUUGUGAUUUUAAACCUAUCCUUAACCAUACUGCUAAUCUUAUACCUAACCCUUACCUUAAAUUCAUGAUUCUUUGUUUGUUUUCAUACAUUUUUACGGUAGGCUUUACCCAAUCUUGACUGGUUGUGGGGGUGACAACCUAUGAAACCAUGCAGUCUCCCUCCCUGCGCAAUACUAUCGCGAGGGUUGAUUGGCUGCAGUAUUUGGAGCAAAGCUGCUGGACUUCUAAAAGUAACUGUGUGCUGAAAGAAACAGGUGGAGAUGUCCAAGAGGUAGCUGGAGAAAUUGACUGGUGUGCUGUUAUAUAGCUAAGCGGGAUAUUGAAAACGUGGUGUUGCUGUUAGCAGCAGGAGAUUAGGUGAUGGUGCUGAGGCUUCAAUCCGUUCUGGUCCUCUCCCUGUCAGGAGUGUUGGCUUUCCUAGGCCUGUGGUGGUACACCUCUCGGAAGAAAGAACAACCCACUGACAAGGAUAAGACGACCACAGACCAGGCGCACCUGUCCUCCUCCACCAGAGACGGAGGUAUUGGUGUUGUGGAGAACGGCCACUCCACUGGGACAGAUCGGGACAGGCACGCAGUGAGGAAGAGGUCGUUAGUGGAACAGGAGCGUGUUGAUUGUACAAACACACAAGCGGUAGCAGAGCUGGUUAACAUCCCACUCUGCCAAUCACAACCGGAGGAAAGGUUUGUGGCUGCAGAGUGUCUGAGUAGAGGCCUCGAUACUACUAAUGUGAAGCCCGUUACGGAGAGAACUGAGUCUUCAGCUCAAGUACUCCCAGAGACUGCACCUAAGAGCCAAGCCCAGGGGGGACCUGAAAAGGAUAUAGCAUUACAAAAUAAACACCAGCCAUCCUCUGAUGAACAAGUUUCUUCUAUCUUUGAACUAGGCUAUAAUCCUAACCCUGGUGAGAGUGCAGGCCUAAAGCCACAUGCACCGCCGCUCUCUGAGACGCUGGAGGACACUACAAACAGAACUUUCAACAAAGAGGCUGCAGAGGAGGUUCGACUAGACCCAGGGGAGGUUAGGCUGGACCCAGAGGGAGAGGUUGGAGAAGACAAGAUUACAUUUUGUUUUGCAGAGAUGAAGCCUCAAACCGAUCUGGCUGAGAACUGCCUCCUCUCCAAAGACAACCUAUCUAUCCUGCCUGCUGUGGAAGAACCAACCUGUGAGUCAAGUCUACAGGAUGACACCUGUCUGGCUUCCCCCAUCAACCUCCUUACCAGUCAGGUGUCCCCCUCAAGGCAGCCAUUGGGCUUUCUGAUAUCACCUCAGAAGAAAGACCAGUCUGAGGAGUGUGAACUUAGCAGGAGUAACACAGAGGAAAUUAACCAGCUGGCGUCAAGUCUGAUUACUGACGUGGUCUCAGUAGCAGUGAGUCAAGUCCUGAAAGAAAGGACCCAACUAGAACAUAAUGUUGGGCCUCUCUGUAACAGGGACCCCUUCACAUCCCAAGAUAUCAUCUCAAUGGUUAACAGUGAGACUGGGAGAGAGAUGCCUGGUCUAUUGCAGGACGAUCAGUGUUCAACAACUGGCAGGGAGAACAUAUGUUCAUCUCCUAUAGUCUAUGAGGAUGUGAAACAUGACUGCAGCAGUAGGACUGAGCAGGCAGAGCAAGCAGAAGAAGAUUCUGCAGUAGGUGAUUCUGGCUCCAGCUCAGGUCAUACCGAGGAGAGCUCCAGUGGCGAGGACUCGAGCCCCAGUGUGAGCCUGCAACCACCCAGGGGACCUGCUGAAGGACUGGGAGCCACCAGCAUGGCCCUCCCUAACGGUCACAGGACAGAGGUGGCUGUUCCAGGCUCUGGUGUGACCAGCAUGGACUCUGUAGACCGUUACGUUGAACACGAAGCCAGGGACAACCAGCAUAUCAACAGUCCAAGUCCGUUAAGUCAACUGCUGAACAGCGAUCAGCAAAUUGAAAAAUACAUCCAGAGUUACAACAGCAGCCAGCCACCGACUGUUUGGGACAUAGAGGUGCCAAAGCAUCUUGUUGGGAGAUUGAUUGGGAAGCAGGGGCGAUAUGUGAGCUACCUGAAGGAGACAUCCGGAGCAAACAUCUUCAUCGCCACCCUGCCUUACACCCAGGAGUUCCAGAUCUGCCAUAUAGAGGGGUCAAAGGAGCAGGUGGAUUGUGCUCUGGAGCUGAUCAGAAAGAAGUUCAAAGAUCUGGAUGUGACCAGCUGUUAUGUCCAUCCUCCAGUGGCCAGACUGCCCUCUCUCCCCAUCACAUCCUGGCUGCUGCUUCCCCAUAGGGUGACAGUUGAGGUAACCGUGAUCCAAGUAGCCUCUGGGAACUAUGUGUUCCUCCAGCAGCACACACACCCAACCUUCUAUGCUCUCCGCAGCCUGGACCAACAGAUGAGCUUGUGUUAUUCUCACCCAGGGUGCCCUCCCCUGCCGGCCCCAGUAGAAGGUAGGCAUGCACAGCCAGGGUGCCCUCCCCUGCCGGCCCCAGUAGAAGGUAGGCAUGCACAGCCAGGGUGCCCUCCCCUGCCGGCCCCAGUAGAAGUGGGAGUGAUCUGUGCUGCCCAGAUGCCUGAGGGCGCCUGGUGGAGAGCCCAGGUGAUGGGUUACUAUGAAGAAACCAAGGAGGUGGAGCUCUGCUAUGUGGACUACGGAGGCUAUGUCCUGGUGAAGAUCGACACCCUCCGCCAGAUCAGAUCAGACUUUGUUGCCUUGCCUUUCCAAGGAUCUGAGGCGAUCCUGGAACAUAUUGCACCCCUUCCAGGAGAAGGGUUCUCUGUUGCUGCCAAAUCUGCACUGGAGGAAAUGACACUAGGAUUGCCACUACUUGCACAGGUCACAAGCUGUCACACCAGUGGCAUUCCCUUGGUACAGAUAUGGAAAACUGAAGGAGAAGAGUUGGUGUCUGUGAACCGUGCUCUGGUGGAUAACGGACUGUGUAGCUGGGUAGACUGCCUCUGACUGUGAAGACAAAUCCUGGCCCUGUUUGGAUAGUUUUCAAAUGUAUCCUCCCUUUUUGAGCACAGCUCUAUAAGGGAUUGGAUAUGUGUGAGUAAGGUUACCAGCCCUAUUACCCUCACCAAUCUACCAAAUUUAGAUCUGUGAUUACUUCAAGGAAAGUAGGAAGAAAAAUUGGAUCUCUGAAGUAUUCAAACAUGGCCCCUGUCUUGCCUUUCAUCGUUCCAUCCCCUCAGUCCCAUCCUCUGGACUGUUGCCCUGUUGGGGCACAACAAUGUCUUCCUUCUCAACUCCACUGUUCAUGCUUGUUGUUUCUUUAUCACCAUGUACACUUUCUGAUGUAUUUAUUUGGUGAAGUUUUAUUUACAGCCCCCCACCCUUAUAUAAAUGUUUGUUAAUUAUGCUUACAUGAUUUUUGACCAAUAUUAUUCACGAUUCAUCUAAAUACUGUUUUGUUUUCAAUGGAUACAAUCCUAUUAAGAAACAAAAUAAAGAUGAACUGUCCUUUCUGAGGUGUCCACUUUGACCAUAGCCAGACUUAUGUUGUGAGAUGUACAGUAUAAUGAAGCUACAGUCUGUAAUUGACUUCAAUCACAUCUCAUUAAAUGAAUGCAUCUUGUGUA